AUGCAGUACUCUAUCGUUUUCGCCAUGACUAUGCUCCUUUCGCUCGUCCAGGCCGGCUCUGCUAGCACCAACAAGGUGGCCAAGCACCCCUUUGUGGUCCGGAACAUUGGCGACCACUGGGUCACCAAGGUCAAGAAGGACAACGAUGCGGACGGCGACAACGAGUCCAAUGUCGUCCCGAGGGGUCUUUUCCACAACAACGUCGGCCGCGCAUGUGUGCACAACACCGUGUCCGGAAUUUGCAACGUUUUCGGCCAGUGCGAGCUCGCUGGGCCCGAGGGCAAGGACAAGCAUGGCAAGGCAAAGAAGGUGCUCGAUGCCAACUGCGUUAUUGGCAAAUAA